AUGGCGGUGGCGGCGGCGGGCACGGCGCUCUUUCUCCUCGGCGCAUCCAUGGCGCUGGUGGUGGCCGUGGCGUCGUGGGGUCGGCGUUGUCACGUCCACGCGAGCGUCGCCGUUGCGAUCCUCCCGCUUGCUGCCCUUCUGACGCUUGCAUUCACCGUGUCUGCGCAGAAGCUGGUGGAGUACGUGCACGAGACGGCGCAACUCGGCAUGGUUCCCUCGUUCCUCGCCUCCAUGCUGCGGAGGGUGCGCCCCGUAGCUGGCGACUCCAUCACGCUGCUAGACAUCCAACUCGUGUCGCUUCUUCUGUUUCUCUCCUACGCGUCGAUGGUGGUGCUGCGACAUCUCGUGGACAUCUUGCGCCUGCUGAAGGUGUCACGUCGGCGUCUCUUUGUGAAGUAA